AAACAAAAAAAAAAACAGUGAAAAUAAACUAGAAAUCGUUUGCCCUCUCGGGCUGCCGUAGAAAACCCGUGACGUUGUCGUAGUUACGAGAGCUGGAGAAUAAUCUCCACAGAGGUGUGCGCAGAGCCCGGCAUCCCUGUCGAGCGGUUUAUCCUUCACUGCUUCUUUCCUCAGACACAAAAUGGCAGCGCAGAAAAUAACCGAGGCGCACGAGCACAUCGCCAAAGCGGAGAAAUGCUUAAAGACCAGCAUGACAAAGUGGAAGCCGGACUACGAUAGAGCUGCGUCUGAGAUGGCCAAAGCUGCUGUGGCUUUCAAAAAUGCUAAGCAGUUUGAGCAAGCAAAGGACGCAUACCUGAAGGAGGCAGAGUACCACACGGAGAACAAAGCAUUGUUCCAUGCUGCAAAGGCGAUUGAGCAAGCAGGCAUGAUGCUGAAGGAUAUGAAGCGACUCCCGGAGGCUGUUGAACUAAUUGAGAAAGCCAGCGUGAUGUACGUGGAGAAUGGAACAUCAGGAACUGCAGGCAUAGCUUUGGACAGAGCCGGCAAACUUAUUGAACCGAUGGAUCUGGAGAAAGCAGUGGACUUGUAUCAGAAAGCUGCAUCUGUUUUUGAGAACGAGGACCGACUCAGACAGGCUGCGGAGCUGCUGGGAAAAGCGUCCAGACUCCUGGUGCGACUGCGCAGGCUGGACGACGCAGCUGUCUCUCUGCAGAAAGAGAAAAACAUGUACAGGGAGAUUGAGAAUUACCCCACUUGCUUUAAGAAAACCAUAGCACAAGUGCUGGUCCAUCUCCAUCGUGGUGACUUUGUAGCAGCGGAUAAGUGUGUGAAAGAGAGUUACAGUCUUCCUGGGUUCAGUAGCAGUGAGGACUGUGUUGCGAUGGAGACGUUACUGGCGGGUUAUGAUGAGCAAGACGAGGAGCAUCUGUUUCUUGUGUGUAACUCGCCUCUUCUCAAGUACAUGGACAACGACUAUGCAAAGCUGGCCAUCUCUCUGAAAGUACCUGGAGGAGGGGGGAAGAAGAAGAAAGCUCCCAGUGCUCCACAGGGGGGCGCUUCAGGAGCGCAGGCUGCAGAGGAUGAGGAUGAGUACGAAGGAGGGCUGUGUUAGAUUAAUCUGGGAAACGUCAGCACUUCCAUGUGCACCUGAGCGAGAAAGAGAGUGACGGAGAAAAGAAGAGAGCGUAUAAAUUAUAGAGAACGGUACAAGAAUAACAAAACAUACAGUAUCUCACAAAAGUGAGUACACCCCUCACAUUUUUGUAAAUAUUUGAUUAUAUCGUUUCAUGUGACAACACUGAAGAAAUGACACUUUGCUACAAUGUAAAGUAGUGAGUGUACAGCUUGUGUAACAGCGUAAAUUUGCUGUCCCUUCAAAAUAACUCAACACACAGCCAUUAAUGUCUAAACCGCUGGCAACAAAAGUGAGUUCACCCCUAAGUGAAAAUGCCCAAAUUUACACUGUUACACAAGCUGUACACUCACUACUUUACAUUGUAGCAAAGUGUCAUUUCUUCAGUAUUGUCACAUUAAA